GUCCUUUUAUGCUUGCAAAAGGAUUUGCGUAUAAAAGAAUAUUUAACUUAAUUUUCGUGAAUUAUCGACUGACGAUCCCGCAGCUUCGGAAGACUUGUGAUGAGAGCGACAGAAGUGCCCAUGUCAAGUGCAGAUAAAUAAGAGAAUAAGGUGACAUGUAAGGAACUCCAGUCAUCAUGAAGGGAGGGAGUGAAGACCAGCCAAAUGUAGAUUCUCAGGAGGAGGUAGUAGAACGUGUGAAGGCUCGCCUGCAGGAGGAAGGGCGAGAAGCACGAAACCUUGUGGCAUAUUCCUUACCCAUACAGGACCCUCCUCAGCCUGAUGCUGGCAUACGGCAUAGAGAGGUCAAAAGAGUUGUGGAAAUGACACCUAGACGGGGAUCAAAGCAGGACAAACGACCGCGAUCAGCAUCUGCAGGUCGAGACCCUCAAGCAAGUCUUCGGGCUCGUCACUGGGGAUUUCUGUUCAGAAAUUUACAGCAGGCAGUGGAUGAGAUCUACCAGACAUGUGAAGAUGAUGAAAGCAUUGUGGAAUGCAAGGAAGCAAUUUUGAUGUUGGAAAGGUACACUAGUGACUUUCAGAAACUAAUUGAAUGGCUGAAACUGAAAUGGGAGUACGAACACACACCGCCACCACAGCGACCAAAUUCACUGACAUGGGAGAUUAGAACAUCCUCACCUGGGAAGGCUUUACAGUCUGACCGAAAGAUCCUAACUCUGAAUGAUGCAAGAAGAGCCCUGACAUUUGACCUGAAACCUGAGAGAAUAGGCCUGAUGAAUGGUAAUGCUGCUGCUUUGGAGAAGAUGGUGGAUAAGUUAAACUCUGCUAAACUUGCACAAGAAGGAAGAGGUAAUGAUGCACGCUUGCUAUCAGGGAAGAAAACACCUCCAAAGCCUGUUAUCAUAGUGCAUGAGGCAAGUAUUGAAGAGCAUUUGGAAGAAAAUACUGCUGUUCCAAAAGUGAGGAACAGUGACAUUGCUGAAGCCUCAGCCAAUUGUGAAGUUGAGAUGGAAUGGGAAAAGAUCAGUGGAGGGAGUGGGGAAAAAUAAAGAAGAUAAUUUAAAAGAAAAUGAGUGUAA